GAUGAAUUCCUUGUGCUAUACACGAGGUUCGUUUCAGCUGGGUUGUUGCCUAAUUUGAUUACUUUGAACAUUGUUAUUAAUUGCUUAUGCAAAAUGGCCCGGGUUUCUGACGGUUUUGUGGUUUUUGGGAGUAUUUUUAGAAGGGGUUUUUACCCUGCCGCUGUGACUUUUACUAGUCUGAUUAAUGGUCUUUGUAAGGAGGGCAAAAUUAAGAAGGCGAUUGAAUUGUUUAGAAAAAUGGUUUCUGUUGGAUGUAGGCCUAAUGUGGUUACAGUUGGGAGUUUGAUCACUGGCUUGUGUAGAACAGGUAAUGUCACUGUUGCCCUUCAGUUAUUUGAGGAAAUGAAUAAUGGGAAUGGUGAAUUUGGUGUCAUUUGCAAGCCUGAUGUUGUUUGCUAUGCUGCUAUUAUUGAUGGUCUUUGCAAAUAUGGGUUAGUAGACAAGGCGAAGAAACUGUUUUCAGAAAUGAAGUCCAAGGCUGUUAAUCCAGAUGUGAUUACUUACAACACUUUAAUUUAUGGAUUGUGUAAUACAUCUAAUUGGGAGGAGGCUAAAACUUUAUUUGCAGAAAUGUUGGAUGAAGGUGUAAAGCCUAAUGAGGUGACAUUUACUGUGGUUAUGGAUGAACUUUGUAAGAAAGGGAAGAUUGAUGAAGCCAAUGGAUUGCUCCAACUAAUGAUUAAUAGAGGUAUUCACCCCAGCACAUUUGCUUACAAUGCAAUUUUAAGUGGUUACUGCUUGGCAGGUAGAAUUGAGGACGCAAGAAAACUAUUUGAUUCCAUGGAAAGUAAGGGGUGUAAGCCUAAUGUUUUUAGCUUCAGUAUUUUGAUGGAUGGUAUGUGCUUGGCAAAUAAAAUUGAUGAUGCUAAGGAAUUGUUUUCUUUGAUGUUGAGUAAGGGAUGCAAACCUGAUGUAGUUAGCUACACUACGUUGAUCAAUUGGUAUUGCAAGAAUCGAAAAGCUGAUGAAGCUAUUUGUGUUUAUAAGGAAAUGACCUCAAAGGGAAUUCAGCCAACAAUCGUUACAUUUAACAUCUUGCUAAAAGGUCUUUUCAUAUAUGGUAAAGUUGGAAAUGCAAAAAAACUAUUUGGUGAGAUGCAACUUAGUAAUGUUCCUCCCAAUUUAAUUACGUAUAAUAUUCUUAUUGAUGGGUUUUGCAAAAAUGGUUGUGUUUUGGAGGCUGUUGAACUGUUUCAUUCUUUAAGAAACGGAAACAUUCAUCCUGACAUCAUUACUUUCAAUUGUCUCAUUGAUGGUUUGUGCAAAACAAGAAGACUCAAUAUUGCUUUGGAACUAUUUAACAGAUGGCGCAAUGAAGGAUUUGUUCCAGAUGUUGUGACAUAUAACAUUCUGUUGUAUGGACUUUGUAAAGAAGGGAAGUUGGAGAUGGCAAGUAAUUUGUUAUCAGAUAUGGAACAAAACGGUUGUGCUCCAGAUUGCAUCAGUUUUAGUACUCUUUUGUCUGGUUUCUUGCAAAAUAAUGAGACUUCAAAAGUGGUAGAACUUCUUCACAAAAUGAAAGAGAGAAAUGUAAAGCCAGAUGCAUCCACGGCUUCAAUUAUUCUAGAUUUACUACAAAGGUUGUAGAUGGCUUCACAUUCAAGGUUGUUGAUUAAAAUGAUGUGAUUGAACCAAUAAAGAAAUCGUAUGAACUCUUUUGCAAAUUAUAAUUGGA